AUGUCUCUUAAAAGUUAUCUCCCUUCGUGCGGAUGCAUUCGCCAUUUUGUUUUCCGGGACCUUAUUUUUUUUUUCUUAUUCUUUCAACCAUUUUUUCUUCUUUCUUUUUCACUCUUUUCUUAUUUUCUCUUUCUUUUUGAAAUUUUCCUUCUAUUUCCUUUCAUUCAGCCAGUAGAUUGUUUUUCUUCCACAUUUCUUCUUAGUCUGUUUUUCUUUCUUUAUCAUAGCGAUGAUGAUGAUGAUGAAAAUGUGGAAGAUGAUGACGAUGAUGAUGAUGAGGUGGAGGAGGAAGAUGAGGAUGAUGGUUCAGAUUAUUAUGAUGGCGAUGAUGAUGAUGAUGAUGAUGAUGACGGCGACGAUGAAGCUGAUGAUGAUGACAACGAUGAUGAUGAUGAUGACAACGAUGAUGAUGAUGACGGCGACGAUGAUGCUGAUGAUGAUGACAACGAUGAUGAUGAUGAUGAUGAUGACAACGAUGAUGAUGAUGGUAAAGAAUUCCCACAGUCUGCUUAUAUCUAUCUUAGUCUGUUCAUAUCUAUCUAUCCAUCUAUCACAUCUAUCCAUAUCUAUCUCUCCAUGCAUCUAUCACAGAAUUUGUUCAUAUUUAUUAGUCUGUUCAUAUCUAUCUAUCUCAAACUGUUUCUAUCUAUCUAUCUAUCUAUGCUUCUUAACUAUUCUCUCCUCACACACCACUCUCUUCCAUCUCUCUCUCUUUCUCUCUCUCUCUCUCUCUCUCUCUCUCUAUCUAUCUAUCUAUCUCUCUUUCGGCUCUGCCUCUCCUCUUCUUCCUCUUCCUGUGUCGCUAUCCCCACCAGCUUUGUUGAGUAA